UAUGAAUAUUCACAUAUCACUACAACUCGUGCCUACUGUCGCUCUCUUUUUCAGGCGUGAUGUUGGUGGGUGUAAGAAAGAAGCACUGGUUAUUGGCAACGCUGUCGGUCACGGGCCUCCUCCUGGUGCUCGUCUUUACUACCAAGUCCCCAGGACACUCACCUACCCGUGCAUUGUUAGACCCGGGCAUAGAUGGAAAGGCAGCCCAAGCGGAUGGCGUCGCGGCGGUCGAGGAUCUCCCUGCUUCGGCAGUGUCUGCAGUACACACGCAGCCUCCCCUGCACCUCAGCCAACAGGAGCGGGAUGCACUGGCCAAGCAAGGAGUCCUCAUGGUGGAGGACUCAGACAGAGAUCCAAUGGAGAACCAGGCCCAGGAGCAACAACCGCAGCAACAGCAACGAUAUCGUCAGCAGGAGCACAGCCAACCAAGGAAGGGUGUGUCUGCUAACGAUGCACAAGAACAGGAAAUGGACAAACUGAAAUUGGAUCAACAGGAGCUGCAACGAGAAACUAAUCGUUUACAGGAGCACCAUAUGCGAGAACAGCAGAUCCUGCAGGAUCGCAUUCGAGCAGAUGAAAUGAAGGCCCAGCAGGAAAAGGAACAGAGAAUGAUGGAGCAGGCGGUCCGCCUGAACCCUCCGCCGGCACAAUCGCGCACCUCCAGUGUAUCUGUGGUGUCGCGCACGUAUAACGUGAACCGCGGAAUGACAGCUGCGAGCAACGGCGGUUCGAGCCGAGGGGUUAUCCUUCCUCGGAUGACAUAUGAAGGACUCUGGAAGAUGGGCGAAAACAUCUUACGUCACACCAUCAGAAGGGAGUUUCUGAACAGCAUCCCAGACACUGAUUUCACUCCCGGGGAAGCUGUCCCCCCCUUGCAGGUGCGCAGGGUCAUCAUCCUCUCCACAUGGCGUAGCGGCUCUUCCUUCCUCGGAGACCUGUUGAAGUCAUACCCUGGUACAUAUUUCAGUUUCGAGCCCCUGCACCAUCUGCUCAAGAAUCUUCACUUACAGGAAGGCCCCUUGGUUGACGUGGUCUUAAAUCUACUGAAAAGUAUUAUGACAUGUGACCUCUCUCAGCAAGAGGAGUAUGUCAGCUACAUGCGGAAUAAUAGUUUCCUGAUGAACCACAAUACACGUGUCUGGAAUUCUUGCUCGAGAAACAGAGCGCUCUGCUUUGACAAAGAAUACUUGUCUGCUGUGUGCAAGUACAUGCCUGUCAAUGUAAUGAAAACCGUUCGGAUGGGCUUGGCCCCCGUGAUCUCUCUACUUCAGGACCCAAGCCUUGACCUGCGAGUGGUCCACCUUGUUCGUGACCCACGUGGAUCCCUUCAUUCCAGAAUGCAGCUGACCUGGUGCCAUUCUCAAGCCUGCAGUGACCCGGGCACUGUUUGUGGUGACCUCAUGACAGACCUGAAACUCUCAGAGUGGGUGAAAGAAAGAUUUCCGGACAAAUAUCUGCUAGUCCGAUACGAAGACUUGGGACUGCAGGCAGAGGAAACAGCAAGACGAAUCUUUAAAUUCUUGCAUCUGACGUACCACAAAAGUGUCGCUUCCUUCGUGCGGGACCACACGUCGAUCAACAGGAAGACCAAAAAGAAGCCGAAUACUUACUCGACAUAUAGAGACUCUAAAUCCACCACCUUCGCCUGGCGGGGAGCUCUCAAUUACACAACCUUAGAAGAGAUUCAGAAUGUCUGCCGAGAGCCCUUGAGUUAUCUCAGACUAAGGAUAUUUGAUACGGAAGAAGAUUAUAUGAAUGCGACAAUUCCAGUUCUAGUAGAGUAGCUGAUUAUUGUUACUUAUCAGAUUAUUGUCAAUAACUGUUCUUUCCGUGUAUUCUUAUUCUCUGAUAUGCUGGUUAUAUAGAAGGUUACUGGGUGACAAUUGUAAUAUCUACACAUGUAAACUGAUUCUUCAACAUGCAAUUGCUAUUCAAAAAUUUGAUACUGCUUUGAUGUUGGAAAUAUUACAAUUUGCAUAUCAUAUUACACACCCUUCUUCUGUUACAUGAUCAUAGCACCUUAAUCCGUGGGCAAUUCUCGAGGGAAAUCCCAGUAGAAAUAGUCUUGAGAUGUGCUCAAGAUUUAUUGUAAUUGCCUUAUUCUAACGUAGAAUGGGUAAUGAUAAGUAAGUUAUACAUGCUGGCGACAGGGCAAAGUUGAUGUUGAUGAUGGUGAUAUACAUACAUACAAACACACACACACACAUAAACACACACACACACACACACACAC